UGUAGAUUUAUCCAUAAAUUGAGCGUGGAUAAGGGAAAUGAUCACAUAUAUGGAUUUUUGGAGCCUGAGUCAAUCCAAAAAAGUGGGAACAAAGUCGAAGAAAUACAAGCUUACAUUCAAAAUUGGAUGUUCGACUCAAAUAAAAAAGUUUACUUGGCCCCUUAUUUUUCUGAGGCCAUGGAAGGAUAUCAUAUACUUAAGGGUUCAAAGAUGAAGAAAAAAAUGAGUUGGGUCUCUCCUAAAUCUCAUAAACAAAAAGGAAAUUAUGAGUGCGGAUACUAUGUAAUGAAGACAAUGCAUACUAUUGUCGAUUCACAAAUAGUAUCUGGGUGGACUGAAAUAUUUAUAGAUCGAUCACCAUUGCCGCUAGAAGACAUAAACAUCAUUAGGGAGCAAUGGGCCACAUCUUUUAUUGACCAUUACUUUAACUAGUUUGGGCUUAUGUUU